GUUACUGCCCACGACACGACGACCGUGCCUGUAAAUCUGCCUGUUCUAGCUACGCGAGGUUCUUUUUCUUGGAGAGGACUAUGCACUGGCAACUUAUAUAAUCUAUAAAAUUGUGCUUUGUUGUUGUUGUUGUGCUAUGACAAGAACAUGGCAAGCCGUGUUCGUAGGUUGUGUGCUUGUCUUCAUUUAUGAUGCUGCGCAAAGAUUUGGUGACGUGUUUGGCACCGAUGCAGACAUGAGCGAAAGGACAUACUCUAGAGACUACCUGUACACUGAAGAACUCGACAAGCAACUACAGACAUGGCUGGAUAAGGCACCAGUAUUAUAUUCCCCUGCCCGGGCUGUCAUAACUCCGCAUGCUGGGUAUAAAUACUGCGGGGAAUGUUCUGCUUUCGCCUACAGACAGAUUGACCCAACCAAUGUUUUAUGAACAACUCGAAGCGACUCGUUUGUUUGUGACGGUGUCACGCCACACAGACGAAAAGGAACACAGCAUUGAAAUGCAGCUGCCUUUCAUCGCAAAAGUCAUGGAAAGAUACGAGGGGUCAUUCACUAUUGUACCAGUGUUUGUCGGAUAUCUGAAUCUAGCGCGUCAGCAGAAGUACGGGGAGAUCUUUGCUCCCUACCUUGCCAAUCCUGAAAACCUGUUUGUCAUCUCGUCAGAUUUCUGCCACUGGGGCAGGAGAUUCGGAUAUACUCCCUAUAACGAGUCCCGUGGAGAGAUCUACCAGUUCAUUGAGCAUCUUGACAGAAUGGGAAUGGAUUUGAUAGAGAAACUCGAUCCAGCUGCCUUUGACAACUACCUAAAAACCUAUAAAAACACCAUAUGUGGGCGAAUCCCUAUUGGAAUUUUACUCAGCGCCGUCAAUACGCUGCGUCGUAACAACGAUAACGAACAGAAGCCGACGCUGAGAUUCCUCAAGUACGCGCAGGAUCGGCAGUGCACCAGCUUGAAUGAUUCAUCUGUCAGCUUCGCCUGCGGAGCUCUCACCAUGCAGUAGUCGCUAUACAACCGCAGCAGUGGCUUCUGUUCUCAAACAACGCGCCGCGUGCAUUAAUUUCUAGGCUCUUUUGAAUUAAAGUUGGAGUAUCGUUAUAUACCCUACAGUCUUCGGAUACUAAAUACUAACUUUUUUAGUUCACUGUAUUUUGGUAUGUCCCUUAAAGAGGUUUGGAGAAGGCCCACCAGUACACACUGCAAAAGAGUUGAACUCAUUUCUGUACGUUACUGACCUCUCGUCGGAUGUUAAUGACAUCGGAUGAAUUUCUUUUGUAGAGCACACAGACGAGCAUGUCGGUCGAGACUUUUGUCCACAAUGAUGCCAUAGAGGUUUCACUGUAGGAAGCAGUUCUAUAGGAUAUUAUCAUUUUGUAUUGCUUUAUUUGUGUAAGAACCCACGGGAAGCCUCCACGUAGGCCCUAUCUCCCCGCUAUGUCGAAUGCGAGCGCGAUGUGUGGAUACCUUCGUGCAAAAUACGCUACAAUUCACACUACCUUUCAAGUAUGAUGGUAUCAGGUAACCUGACCAAAUUGCGAGACUAACGUUAAUACGCAUUUUAAUGUAUUACCGUUUCUUGGAUCUAGGUAUCAGGUAUGGAUGUGGCUCUUAUCCAUUUUUAAUGAUACGGUACAUCACUGAAUGUACUGCGUGAUAUAUUCUCUAAAAAAAUAUAAGGUAUAAAUAUGUAAGGUUAUGUGAUAUAAAGAUUUCUGUACGUGAAACGACAUCACGAUGAGAGAGACGCAUCUUGUGGUGAGAGAAACAUUUCCUUGAGCAUUGUAAUCGUUUUGCAAUAAUACAUAUCAUAAACAAUCGAUUGUAAUUUGACAGCGCUUACAGGUGAACUAUUACAUUGUUGGAUGCACAUGUUGUGAGUAAUAAUUUUGGUUGCUACAGACAUUUAUCGCCUGUGCUAAAAUAGGUGACGGGUAGAUGUUCAUCAUUACGCUCGGGUCUGAGAUCUGCAAUGUUGUCGCGCUCUAUACACCUAAAGAUUUCCCACUAUGCUAUAAUGUGCAUUUAUUUUUGCCGCAUUCCAUUUUGCGCAGGUCGUAUACUAAAGUCUGAUCACUUGUAAGGUGUAUACAUACUCAUUGUAUCUUUAUCGAUCGAAGUGAUCGAUCGAGUGGGAUCGAAUAUUUACGUGUAGCGGGUACCCGUGUAACCGGGCUUUCCCGUUGAAUACCGCACACGCUACGGUCCGAUUUUAUCCGUGCGGUUCUUACCGCAAGAUAUCAAACCAGCUUGGUAUGCUCCGGUCACGGAAAUUCGUACGGGAAAAACCGUAACGUGUGCGCCAGGCUUUAUGUGUAGAUAAUAGUAACUGCCGUGAUCACAUAACGGUCAUUCGCUAAACGGUGACCGUUUAAAUGGUUUUUUUAAUUUACCUGUACAUUUCUGCCUUUGAAGUGAAGAUUUUGGCGAGUAAGGCAGUGAAUUGCCCAAGUUUAUUUUCGUUGUUGCUCAGUUUAGUUUAAAUGUGAUUUAUUUAUGCUACAUAUUGGUAUUUACUGUUCAAUAUAAUAAUACAGAUAUCUAAAUAUCUGAUUUAAAAAAUACCUGUGUGUUAUAGCCAAUACUUUUGCUUGUAUUGUGCUGCUUUUAUAAAUGAUGAAAACUAAAUGACCAAUGCCUUUGUUCUAUAAACAUAAUUAUUUACAUAUACAA